AUGGGACAGACUGUAACGACGCCUUUGAGUUUGACUUUAGACCACUGGAAGGACGUACGGACCACCGCUCACAACCUUUCAGUGGAGGUUCGCAAAGGAAAAUGGGAAACCUUUUGUUCGACCGAAUGGCCCACCUUUGGCGUGGGCUGGCCUCGGGACGGCUCUUUUCAUCUUCCCCUUAUUUUACAGGUCAAAUCUAAGGUGAUGGAUCCAGGACCCCACGGUCACCCUGACCAGGUCCCAUAUAUCAUUACUUGGGAGGAACUGGCCAGAGAUCCUCCUCCCUGGGUAAAGCCCUUUGUCUCCAGCGGCCCUUCCGCACCCCCUUUGCCUCCUCCCCUGACUCCCUCCAGGUCUAGCCUCUAUCCGGUCAAGUCCGAAACCACAUCAGCGGGGACACGGCCUCAGAGACCGAGACCACAGGCUCCACUAGUCCUGCCGCCGGACGACCAACCCCUCCUUGACCUCCUUACUGAGGAACCUCCACCUUAUCGAGAACCUGGCCCGGCGGCAGCCCCAGAUGAAGGAGAAGCGGAGGCUGCAGCCCCGCCGGAACCGUCUCCGGUGGCGGGCCGACUGCGGGGACGAAGGGGUCCCCCUCCAGACUCCUCAACCCAAGCCUUUCCUAUUCGGGUGGGGGGCGAUGGUCGACCCCAAUACUGGCCCUUUUCAGCAUCUGAUCUCUAUAAUUGGAAAAAUAAUAAUCCUACAUUCUCUAAAGAUCCCUCCAAACUAACGGCCCUUAUUGAGUCUAUUCUAGUGACCCAUCAGCCCACUUGGGAUGAUUGCCAACAGCUCCUCCAGGUACUCUUGACCACAGAGGAAAAGCAACGAGUGGUCCUGGAGGCCCGCAAGAAUGUGUUGGGAGCCAAUGGGCAGCCUACACAACUGCCAAACGAGAUUAACAGUGCUUUUCCCUUAGAAAGGCCGGAUUGGGACUUCGCCAUGGAGGAGGGUAAGAAUCACCUACGACUCUAUCGCCAGUUGCUUAUGGCGGGUCUCCAUGGGACAGCAAGAUGCCCCACUGAUUUGGCCCAGGUUAAGUUAGUCACUCAAAAGUCAGAUGAGACACCCUCUGCCUUUCUAGAGAGACUAAAGGAGGCCUUCCGGGUAUACACCCCUUAUGACCCGGAAGAUCCUACUCAGGCCACUAACCUGGCCAUGUCAUUCAUUUGGCAGUCAGCUCCUGAUAUUAGAAAGAAAUUAGAGAGGUUAGAAGGAUUGCGUGAAAGUUCGUUGCAGGAUUUAUUGAAGGAAGCAGAAAAGAUUUUUAAUAAAAGGGAGACUCCAGAAGAAAGAGAAGAGAGACUCAGAAAGGAGGCAGAGGAGAGAGAAAGUGCUAGAGACAGAAAGAGAAAUAAAGAAAUUAGCAAGAUAUUGGCCACUGUAGUGACAGGACAGCGGCAGGACAGACAGGACCAGGGCAGAUGAAGGGGGCCUCGCCUGGAUAAAGAUCAAUGUGCCUAUUGCAAGGAGAGAGGGCAUUGGGCCCGAGAAUGCCCUAAAAACCCAAGGAGCAGACAGUCGGAACCUCGGACCUCCCUGUUGAAUUUAAAUGAUGACUAGGAUAGUCAGGGUCAGGAGCCCCCCCCUGAACCCAGGAUAACCCUCAUUGUGGGGGGGCAGCCCAUCACCUUUUUGGUGGAUACCGGGGCCCAACACUCGGUCCUGACAGCCCAACCGGGCCCGCUCUCCAACAAAUGUGCCUGGGUACAAGGGGCCACCGGAGGGAAGAGGUAUCGAUGGACAACAGACCGGCAAGUAAACUUGGCAUCCGGUAAGGUGACUCAUUCUUUUUUAUAUGUUCCUGACUGUCCCUACCCGCUAUUAGGGAGAGAUCUUUUGACCAAAUUAAAGGCACAAAUCCAUUUUGAGGGGCCCCGGACUCGAAUAACCGGACCCCAAGGGAAGCCCCUCCAUGUGGUGGUCCUAAGUCUUGAAGAAGAGUAUAGGCUCCAUGAGACUGACAGCCAGACUCCAGCCUCGGAUGAGUGGCUCCAAAGGUUCCCGCUAGCGUGGGCAGAGACCGGAGAGAUGGGCCUGGCGCGUCGUCAAACCCCUCUAGUAAUCCAACUUAAGGCCACUGCCACCCCUGUCUCUAUCAAACAAUACCCCAUGUCACAGGACGCCUACCAGGGAAUUAGACCUCAUAUAAAGAGACUUCUAGACCAAGGGAUCUUGGUGCCCUGUCAAUCACCCUGGAACACUCCUCUUCUUCCGGUCAAGAAACCAGGUACUGGAGAUUACCGUCCAGUGCAAGACUUGCGGGAGGUAAAUAAGCGGGUAGAAGAUAUACACCCGACUGUCCCUAAUCCGUACAAUUUGUUGACCGGGUUACCACCUACCCAUACUUGGUAUACGGUGUUAGAUUUGAAAGAUGCAUUUUUCUGCCUAAGACUUCACCCUGAGAGCCAGUUAAUAUUUGCCUUUGAAUGGAAAGAUGCUGACCUGGGAAUUUCAGGACAACUGACCUGGACUAGGCUUCCUCAAGGGUUCAAAAAUAGCCCUACCUUGUUUGAUGAGGCAUUGCACAGAGACCUGGCCGAUUUCAGGGUGCAACACCCUGAAUUAAUCCUCUUGCAGUAUGUAGAUGAUUUGCUAUUGGCCUCAGAGACUGAGCAUGGCUGCCAGAAGGGAACAGCUGCCUUAUUAGAAACUCUUGGCGAACGAGGCUACCGGGCCUCGGCCAAAAAGGCUCAGAUCUGCCAACAGCAAGUAACUUACCUGGGAUAUCAAAUUAAAGAUGGACAAAGAUGGCUGACAGAGGCUAGAAAGCAGACCAUUCUUCAGAUUCCUGCACCAAAAAGUCCCAGGCAGCUUCGAGAGUUCCUGGGAAUGGCGGGCUUCUGCCGUCUCUGGAUCCCAGGUUUCGCUGAAAUGGCUGCCCCACUGUACCCCCUGACUAAGCAGGGAGUUUCGUUUACUUGGACAGGAGAACAGCAACAAGCCUUCGAAACCAUAAAAGAGGCUCUGUUAUCAGCCCCCGCCCUGGGGCUGCCGGAUUUGACUAAGCCCUUUGAACUGUUUGUGGACGAAAAGAGAGGCUUUGCUAAGGGAGUGCUAACCCAACGGCUUGGGCCUUGGAAAAGACCAAUAGCCUACCUGUCCAAGAAAUUAGAUCCAGUUGCCUCAGGCUGGCCUCCCUGCUUACGGAUGGUGGCGGCCAUCGCCGUCCUCGUUAAAGACUCGGGUAAACUCACUAUGGAACAGCCAAUCACAAUCCUGGCCCCUCAUGCGGUAGAGGCCCUGGUCAAGCAGCCCCCUGACAGGUGGCUCUCAAACUCUCGAAUGACCCAUUAUCAGGCUUUGCUACUAGACACAGAUCGAAUUCAAUUCGGACCCAUCGUGACUUUAAAUCCAGCCUCUCUGCUUCCCCUCCCGGGGAACCCGGAAAGACAUGAUUGCCUUCAGAUUCUUGCAGAGGCCCACGGGACCAGACCAGAUCUAACCGACCAGCCCAUUCCAGGGGCGGACCAUACCUGGUAUACUGACGGGAGCAGUUUCAUCUCGAACGGAGAACGAAGGGCGGGAGCUGCAGUCACAACUACAACAGAUGUCAUCUGGGCCACCGCCCUCCCACCAGGUACCUCUGCCCAAAGGGCCGAGCUCAUUGCUCUGACAAAGGCGCUCCAACUGGCAAAAGGUAAAAAGCUAAAUGUCUACACUGAUAGCCGUUACGCCUUUGCCACAGCCCACAUUCAUGGAGAAAUAUACCGUCGGAGGGGCCUUCUCACCUCAGAAGGAAAAGAAAUUAAGAACAAAGGCGAGAUACUAGCCCUCCUACGAGCCUUGUUCCUCCCACGGCAGCUCAGCAUCAUGCAUUGCCCCGGACAUCAGGCAGGAAACAGCCCCGAGGCUAGGGGAAAUAGGACGGCUGAUCAGGCCGCCCGAUCAGCAGCGAUGGGGCAGCAGCCCCGUAGCUCUAGCAUUCAGGCUCUGGCUGAACAUACCGAUCCUGAGACACCUGAGGACCAGGAUUGGGAAACGGCUUACUUGAUUGACUUUCUCCAUAAAAUGACUCAUUUAAGUUCCAAGAAGAUGAAAACUCUGCUUGAGAGGGAAGAGACGGGGUUGUUCCUGCUAGGUAAGAAACAGGCGCUCCAAGAUGCUACAGCUUCCUGCCGAGCUUGCGCCAUGGUCAACCUCAGCAAAUCAAUGGCUAACCCCGGAGUGCGGCCGAGAGGACACCGGCCAGGGACUCAUUGGGAGGUAGACUUCACAGAAAUAAAACCUGGCAUGUAUGGGUAUAAAUACCUACUAGUCUUCGUGGACACCUUUUCGGGAUGGGUAGAGGCCUAGCCUACUAAACAUGAAACUGCCAAGGUUGUGACCAAAAAGUUUCUGGAAGAAAUCUUCCCCAGGUACGGUAUGCCCCAGGUCGUGGGGUCCGACAACGGGCCCGCUUUCGUCUCCCAGGUAAGUCAGCAGGUGGCCACAUUGUUGGGGAUUAAUUGGAAACUUCAUUGUGCCUAUAGACCCCAAAGUUCAGGUCAGGUAGAACGAAUGAAUAGAACCAUUAAGGAGACUUUGACUAAAUUAACGCUGGCAACUGGCACUAGAGACUGGGUGACCCUCCUCCCACUGGCAUUAUAUCAGGCCCGCAAUACUCCUGGCCCGAAUGGACUCACACCCUUUGAGAUAUUAUAUGGGGCACCGCCCCCAAUUGUACAUUUUCUUGAUUCUGACAUUGCCUCCUUUGCCACCAGCCCCUCUCAGCAAGCACAUCUGCAGGCUUUACAGAUGGUCCAGAAUGAGGUCUGGAAGCCAUUAGCCGCCGCCUAUAAAGACCAGCUCGACAAACCCGUGCUACCCCAUCCCUUCAGAGUUGGAGACUCCGUGUGGAUCCGCCGCCACCAGACAAAGAACCUUGAACCUCGGUGGAAAGGCCCCUACGUCGUGUUACUGACCACUCCGACAGCUGUGAAAGUGGACAGAAUCGCCGCCUGGGUCCACGCUUCCCACGUGAAGGCCGCAAACCCCGCCGCCUCCGAGGACACUCCUGAACAAGGACACCCCGUCAAGCCGACUACAACAUGGAAAGCUCAUCGCACCCGAAGUCCCCUAACGAUAAGAUUAUCCCACUGUUAA